GCGAUUGAGCUUGAGGAUUCGCUCUAUCGAUUUCAGGCUACCGAGUUUGAGGAUUCACUCGAUAGAGGACAGGCGAUUUGGUUUGAGGAUUCACCAAGUCGAUAUAGAGAGCUAACGGCGAGCAUCGAGGAAUUUGCAAGCCAGUACAAGAAUUACAGAGUGCAUAUAGUCAGUAUCAGUGAGAGCGUGGAUAAGUAUCCAGUGAGCGCACUUACUUCAGAACGGAAACACAUCGACAACAGCGAUGUAGAGGGCAAUGAGACAUCUAAGACCCUUUUAGGCAGCGAAGAAAGCAGCCAGGACUCGAAGGACAAGAGUAACAAAGGCCAGGAGAGCCAGGCAUCGGAAUUACAGAGAUCCGAUGAGGAACAAGAUUUCCAGAAGGCAAGUAAGACCUUCAGACACAUCGCAAGAGCCAGAGCGAUUGAGAUAGACAUAGGACAUGUCAGCCCAUUCCACAGUUCGAUAGACAUCGAAGAUUUGAAUAAGAGAACGUACAAGUUCGAUGGAAUGUAUCAGGAAGAGGAGAGAGCAACUCCUUCAUCAAACAAGAGCGGACUCGAUAGUAUAGCAACAGAAAAGCGUGAAACGCUUCAGGCAGGCUACAGAACGAAAGCCAGACAUGCCACAGUACCUACAGACAGUAGAGAUCAGAACUAUCGAUACAAGAGUGUAGAAGAAACGCUCAAGAGUCUAGACAUACGAUUGCAUUCGCAGAAAGCGAAAGGAAAGUGCAAAGCGAAAGGAAAACGCAAAGCACAAGGAACGGAACGAAAACCGGAACUGCCAGGCAUUCAAUACGAUUGUGAAAUCGAUUCAGACUAUCCAAGCGAAACGGACAUCGCAUCAACAGAACAGUACUUUGAGGAUAGCAAAAGUGAACGCAAAUUGGAACUACAAGGAUCAGUACUUGAUCCAGAGGGCGAAAAUCAAGCAUACACCCACGAAAUCGAGUGUUUAACCUCAUACAUGGCAGAUAUCGACUACGCAUUGCACAGGAGCAAUGUACAGGACUACUACAACGGAUACGACACCCUAGCCAGGUCCAGGAAUAAGAGAGAAAGCGAAAUACCUGGAUAUAUGCGGUCUCAAAUGGAAAUACCGAGUUUUUCAGGACAUCAGAGUAUCCCUCGCGAAAAUAAAAGGAACAAACGAUCCCAUAGCGAUACUUCGCGAUUGAAAGCAGUCCCAGGCAAGGCAAACACUAGUGGUAUUAGUGAGAACAAAGUCGACUCAGAGCGCAGCAAACUACGCAGUUCAAAGCCACAUAUCGAGCGCAGCAAGCAUAAGAAUAGCUCGAGCAGUAGUUCAAGAACGAACAAUGGACACAGGCAUACAGUGUAG